ACAAAGAGGAGGAGGAGGAGGAGGAGGAUGGCAGUCCGGGAGGAGGAAUUACAUGCCUUGGGGAGGUCCUGAGUGGGGGGCAGGGCACCUGUGCAAUAGCAAGCCAACUGCUCGACCUUGCCAUGUGAGCUGCGUCUGGCAAAGUGGCGGAAGAAAGAAGAGCGCAUGUGAGGAGUUCUCCUGUGAGUGUGCGUCAAACUUUCCUCCUGAUGAGCGCGUAUUCCUCUACUGUGUGAAACCUCCGCUGUCCAACUUGACUUGACGGAUUUCCCCCACCAUGGCCGCGGGGGUGACAGCAUGGCUGCCGUUGGCUCGUGCGGCAGCCGUGGGUUGGAUGCCCCUGGCCAGUGUGCCCAUGCCGGCGGUCCCCCCAGAAGGACGGCGCGGGAAAGACAACAUCCUUAUCCUCAAUGUGAGUGGGAGCCGAUUUCAGACGUGGCGAGACACUCUAGAGCGUUACCCGGACACUCUUCUGGGAAGCUCCGAGAAGGACUUCUUCUUUCAGCAGGAGAACAACGAGUUCUUCUUUGACCGUGACCCGGACUUGUUCCGCCACAUCCUGAACUUCUAUCGGACAGGGAAACUGCACCUCCCGCGGCACGAGUGCAUCGCCGCCUUCGACGAGGAGCUCUCCUUCUUCUGCAUCGUCCCGGAAGUGAUUGGAGACUGCUGCUACGAGGACUACAAGGACCGGCGGAGGGAGAACCAGGAGCGCCUCCAGGACGACGAGGAGAUGGAUCUGACCAACGAGCCAAUACCGGCGGAUUUGAACUUCCGGGACUCCCUGUGGCAAGCCUUCGAGAACCCACACACGUCCACCAUGGCGCUAGUCUUCUAUUACGUCACGGGAUUCUUCAUAGCUGUGUCCGUCCUUGCCAAUGUUCUAGAGACUGUCCCGUGUGGGGUGAGGUUCAACUACGCUAAGCCCACAUCCUGCGGCGAGCGCUACGCCUUGGCCUUCUUCUGUUUGGACACAGCCUGUGUGCUGAUCUUCACAGUGGAGUAUGUCCUCCGCCUGGUGGCCGCGCCCAGCCGCUUCAAGUUCGUCAAGAGCGUCAUGUCGCUCAUCGACGUGGUGGCCAUCAUGCCCUACUACAUCGGCCUUGUCAUGCCCGAGAACGAGGAUGUGAGCGGCGCUUUCGUCACACUCCGGGUCUUCCGCGUCUUCCGAAUCUUCAAGUUCUCGCGCCACUCGGCCGGCCUUCGCAUCCUGGGCUACACGCUGAAGAGUUGCGCCUCCGAGUUGGGCUUCCUGCUCUUUUCGCUCACCAUGGCCAUCAUCGUCUUCGCCACUGUCAUGUUCUACGCCGAAAAGAGCUCCAAGGGCACGGCCUUCACCUCCAUCCCUGCCGCCUUCUGGUACACCAUCGUCACCAUGACCACACUCGGGUACGGUGACAUGGUUCCAAAAACCAUCAUGGGCAAGAUCGUGGGCUCCAUGUGCUCCCUGAGCGGCGUGCUGGUCAUCGCUCUGCCCGUGCCUGUCAUUGUGUCCAACUUCAGCCGCAUUUACCACCAGAGCCAGCGUGCCGAGAAGAGGCGGGAGCAGAAGAAAAGUCGUCUGGCCAAAAUUCAAGCGGGAAAGAAAGAAGGAGCGAGUGCUUACUUGUGCUACAAACUGCUGACCAACGGCGAGGUGUCCAAGGAGGUGGGCCAGUCGCUGGCGUUCAAGGCCAACGCCAACGGCAACAUGGCAGAGCAUCAUCACCACCUGCUUCACUGCCUGGAGAAAGCCACGAACCUGCACUUUGUGGAGCACACGUCGUUGGAGGGGAGUUGUUCCGAGGAAGCCUUGUUGAAGCAGGCCCAGUCUCGUUCGUCCUGUUCCUCCCGCUCAUCUUCCUUGCUGUCCUCUUUCACUUCCUGUUGUGCCCACACCAAGAGGACCAACUUGGACCCCCGCAAGUCCAACACCAGCACAAUCCAAGAUCCACGACGACCACUCAGUCGCUGCAGUCUCAAUGCCAAAUUGGAGGAGGCUGUCCCCCUCAACUACGAAGGGCCUCGGGUCGCGACGGCCCGCAUUGGCAGCCUGACGCCGCCCGUCACCGUGCUGCAAGGCGACCUCUCCCAGAUCGCCAAGAGUGUCCACGUUUCGGACCUCUGAACUCUGUCGUGAAGUACAACAACAAAGGAGCAAACCCGUGUUCAUCGCUUCUGUGUGCAUGUUAAUUAGCUUAGCACAAAGGCGAUUGAUGUGUUGUAUGGUCUUAAAGGUACGCACAGUACAAUGCUAAUAAUCAACUCAUUGUUCAGGUGCUUGUUUUUUACAUGCUAAGCUAGCUACUAGCCGAAUUCAGGACAGAAGCUUCUCAGGUUUGACUACAAGUUGUUUGAUGGUUCACAACAGAGGCACUUUACAAGAUGCUUGAGAGUUGAUUCAUUUUAUUGAUUUAUUUGCAUGAAGUGUGACACCGGUGUGGAAAGCUGUUUGACCGUUUAAUUCGAUAUCCUUCAUAUGCGGCUUAAAGCCCAUGUAUUAGUAUCAUGCAUCACUUUUCUCAUUCAACAUGUUGUUUUGUCAAACAUCCUUAUUGCGAUGCUUUUGAUAAUUAAAUUAUUAUUCCUGUG